AGAAAAUUUUCCGUCAUACCGACAAAAAAUUGUCUCAGAAAAGGAAAUUUUAUUUUUGUAUAUUCCAGCAAAAACACUCAAAAUAUUUAAGAAAAAUAUUAUCUGGUGGUGUGUAAAUUACAAUGAAAACAUAUAUUUGAAAUGCAGAAGAAAAUCGUAACUUGGUCUCACUAAGUUGCUUGGGCCAGCAAACCCCAGCAAGAGAAAAUCCAUUGGCCGUCUUAAUAGCAACAACAACAUUUGGAUACAUCUAACAUUUGGAACCAUAAAUAAAAGUUUUUUUUUGCUGUGAUAGAAAUUUGUGUUUUCAUAACUGUAUAUAAACUGCAAUUCAAUCACGAAUCAAGGGUAUAUUUUGGGAGUGGUGUGUCGGCAACGCCGGAAAAGUUUGCCAAAUGAUGUUGUCAUCGAUAAACAACUCUUUCGAGCAAGACACGCACGAUGUGGACGGGAAUUGUGACGGACCGGAUUUGGAUUUUGUGUAUGCCGAUGUAGAUUCAUAUCAAAAUGAAAUUGCAGAACUUUAUAGUUAUACGGAAUUUAAUGAAUUGCAACAAAAUGUUAAAGCAUUCGAAGAUCAAAUGGAAAUGUAUGAUUUGCCACCAAAUUGGCAAAAACAAAAUGCCUCAUCGCAGCGGAGCAUUAUAAUGAAAUUAAUUGAUCAACUUGAAGUUUCAAGUAGAGCUUUUCGUAUGCAAGCUGCACGUUGCAUUCUGUAUUUGGCACAGGGUUGCUGGGCUGAGGUACAAUCGGACGAAGAGCAACAUCAGAUUACUCGGGACAAUAUCAUAGUGUUAUAUGAAUUGGGUGUGUUUUCGUCGUUCAUAGACUUACUCAAUAUGGAAAUUGAAAGUGCAUGUUCACCCGAUAUAGUAGCGGUUAAAAUCACUAAUGUCACUUUGGUAGACUCGACUGAUCUCCGUGUCAUACUGUCGGUCUUGUAUAUAAUUACGGAAACUAUCCGUGAUGAGUACGACAAAGGUAGUGAGGAUUACAAAAAUAUUGCUGAAGCCUUCAUACAAGAGAUAAAUAGUCCACUACCGGACGGUGAAUUGCUUGCAGUUAAGCUUUUAGGCAUGAUAACGCGUUUUUGCAGUGGUGCAGCACCACAUUUUCCAAUGAAGAAGGUGGUGCUAUUGCUAUGGAAAAUAACUUUGCUGGGAUUGGGCGGUAUGGAAAAGCUGAAAAACAUUAAAAAUGAAUAUCGCAUUAAAGCCGGGCUCGAACCUGUUACUGAGGAUACACUGGAGGUAACAAAAAAUAUGCGUGCUAGCUCUCCUCCGGCAACUGCUACUGAUAUUUUGGAUAACCAGAACCCGAAGCGGAACGCAUUUCGCCGUUCCUUGAUGAAACAACGUUUUCUAGAUGAGCAAGAGCAAAUGGAUAUGGAGUUAACAGCAGGAAAUGAAAGUGGGCCAUCAGGGAAUAAUGGGGGAAAUGGUAAUCAAGAGGAAGAUAUUUCGCAGUUUUACCGUCAGUUCGAGGACCCUUCUGCAAACACCGCCAACCCAAAUAAUCAACCAAGCUUUACACAGCCACCACCUGUACUACCUGCACCGGUUACAACACGUUUGCCGUGGACACCGAAAGUGCGUCAAAAGGAUAUUGAUCAAUUCUUGGAUAUUUCGCGAAAUAAAUUUAUCGGCUACUCCCUAAUUGAUGAUCACGAGAGUCUCGCUGGUCUGCCGCAGCCAAUACAUGAGGGUGUACAGACUUUGAGACGCCACAUGUACGUCAGCUUAGCUGAUGUGCAAAUAAAAAAAGAGGAGGAAAUUGCACGGAAUCCGAUCUCUACGCAAGAGGACGAAAUUCCUUUGAACCCCGCCGAAGUACUUUAUCAGGCAAUACUGCCAAAUUUGCCGCAAUAUAUGAUUGCAUUACUGAAAGUGUUAUUGGCCGCAUCGCCCACUUCCAAAUCGAAAACGGAAAGUAUUAAUAUAAUGGCUGAUGUACUACCGAAAAAAAUGCCAAUAACCGACUCGCAAAAAUUGACUGUUGAUAUGAGUAGACAUAAAGAGAUAAUAGUAAAAGCAGUAUCCGCAAUUAUAUUACUUUAUUUGAAACAUUUCAAAAUUAAUCACAUUUACCAGUUUGAAUUUAUGUCACAACAUCUUGUCUUCGCCAAUUGCAUACCUUUGGUGCUAAAAUUCUUCAACCAAACCAUAACUGAAUACGUGGGCAUGAAAAACACCAUACCACUUUUGGAUUUCCCAUCUUGUGUAAUUGGCGAACAGCCCGAUCUGUCGGGCGAAAGUUUUGUUUAUAGUGGCGAAGUUGCCGACAAGCCUUACUACUCAUGGCGCAACGUUUUCUCCUGUAUUAAUCUCUUACGUAUACUUAAUAAAUUGAUUAAGUGGAAACAUUCGCGCGUUAUGAUGUUGGUGGUUUUCAAGUCAGCGCCCAUACUUAAGAAAACACUUAAGGUACGUCAUGCCAUGAUGCAGUUAUAUGUAUUGAAGCUGCUUAAAAUGCAAACAAAAUAUUUGGGUCGCCAAUGGCGUAAAUCGAAUAUGAAGACCAUGAGUGCAAUUUAUGCAAAGGUUCGCCAUCGUCUGAACGAUGACUGGGCUUUUGGAAAUGACUUGGAAUCUCGUCCAUGGGAUUUUCAGGCUGAGGAGUGCACGCUACGUGCCUGCGUAGAUCGUUUCAAUUUGCGACGUUAUCCGGAAGCUACACAAAAAUGUGGUGCUGGCGGAAAUAAUGGUAAUUCCGGAAAUUCGGAUAACUCGGGCGGUAAUAUAGGUGGUAGUACUGGCGGUGGUGGCAACAAUAUGGGCGGCGGUAACGAUGGGAACGGUUUCUGCGGCGCCAGUAACGGCGGUGGUGGCAAUGGGCAUGCGCAACUAAAUGAUUAUGGUGUUGAAGGUGGUUUCCCAAGCGAUGAAAUACUCUCGCAUUCAGAUUUUGCGUUCUUCGGACACUCGGGCUGGUGGGAUCGCAAAGUAGAAUUGACCGACUACUUCAAGGAAAACUAUGCUGUAUGGUUGGAGGAAGAAGUUUACAAUAAUCAAAUUGACUGGGAUGCGCUGUGAGAGGGCAAACGAAAAUUAAAAAGUUCUGAGUAGUGUUAAUGCUAAAAAUUUGUAUUACAAAGAUGUAGACAAAACUUAAGGACCAUUACACAAAAGCAGCAUUCAAACAUACAUAUGCAUUUAAAAUGUAAGUGCACGCAGUAAUCGAAUAUUUUAUUUUCCAUGUGAACCACAAA